CCGGCUUCUGCACGGCCAGUGUCCCGAAGUGGCGUAAAGCGACGGAACGCGAGACUCGACAGGGCGACCAAGAAAACAAUGUAAACGUGAAUCGUUCGAAUCGAAUCCGUGUUUAACGUUACCGCGAUGUUAGUUCCGGCCGACAUGCUGGCCGCCCAGUCCAAAAUGCUGUACCAGAUCAACAAAUACUACGGGGAGAGGGUGCAGACCCGGAUGGGGACGGUGGCGAAGACGAUCAGGGAGGUGUGCAAAGUGGUGCAGGACGUGCUCAAAGAGGUGGAAGUGCAAGAACCCAGGUUUAUUUCCAGUUUGACCGAGUGCAAUGGUAGAUACGAGGGUCUGGAGGUGAUCUCGCCGACCGAAUUCGAGGUUGUCCUGUAUUUGAACCAGAUGGGGGUCUUUAAUUUCGUGGACGACGGCACCCUGCCGGGCUGUGCGGUGCUCAAAUUGAGCGAUGGUAGGAAGAGGAGCAUGUCGCUUUGGGUGGAAUUCAUCACUGCCUCCGGUUAUUUAUCGGCGAGGAAGAUCAGGUCGAGAUUUCAGACGUUGGUCGCACAGGCCUGUGACAAAUGCAGCUACAGGGACUCGGUGAAGAUGAUCGCCGAUACCACAGAAGUUAAAUUGAGGAUCCGGGAACGAUUUAUUGUGCAAAUCACGCCGGCGUUCAAAUGUUCAGCCUUUUCUCCAGGUGUGUGGCCCAGAAGUGCUGCGCACUGGCCUUUGCCCCACAUUCCCUGGCCGCAUCCCAAUCUGGUCGCCGAAGUCAAGACCGAAGGCUUCGACUUGCUUUCCAAAGAGAGCAUCGCCGUGCAAGGGAAACAGUCCGCCAUGGAAGGGGACGCUUGGGUCCUGUCCUUCUUGGAGGCCGAAAACCGACUGUUGCAAGGAGGUAAGCAGUCACACCCACUGCGGUUCCACAACAAUCCAACACAACUCGAAUUAGGUUGCAGAAGACGUUGCCUGAGCAUCUUGAAAACUCUGCGGGACAGACACCUCGACCUCCCCGGCAACCCGGUGACCAGCUACCACUUGAAAACCCUCCUCCUGUACGAGUGCGAGAAGCACCCCAGAGAAUGCGAGUGGGACGAGCAGUGCAUCGGCGACCGGAUCAACGGCAUCUUUCUGCAGCUGAUUUCGUGCCUCCAGUGCAGACGGUGUCCGCACUACUUCCUCCCCAAUUUGGACCUGUUCAAGGGGAAGUCGCCGAGUGCGCUGGAGAACGCGGCCAAACAAGUUUGGAGACUAACACGGGAGAUGCUGACCAACACGCGUUGCUUAGAAAAACUUUAAGACGAUCUGAUCUCUUUGUAAUCAUUCCCGACCGUACUAUACAUACCAUACAUGUAAAGGACAAUUUUAUUAUCGACCUCGGUCGUAAAAGAUUUCCCGUUUCACGAUGUAGAUGUGCCAUAAAAUUAUAAAGUGUGUUUUAUACGAGAUUUAAGCUGAGUGGGUAGAAAAGAUUUGUUGCUAUUCGUGUAAAUGUAAAUAUACGUGGCUGUUGAAUGAUCGUUUUGUUCAAUCUCGUCCUUAUUAAUUAAUUUACGUCUUGGAAGCGAGAAUUGUUGUAUAUAUGUAACUACUUAUUAUUUAAGUUGGAAAGACUGUUGUUUUGUUGAUAUUUAAUGUUAAUUAUUAUUUAUUGGAAUAAAGUGCCGCUUUAUGUA